AUGGCGGCAUUCGUUCCGGCGUGCUCGCGCUGCCUCACGCGGCCCUCCACUUCCUCUUCGGCCUUCAACCUGGCGUCGCUCGCCUCGGCUCUGCCCUCCACCUCGUACGUCGCUCCUCCGACGCUGCAUCACCACGCCCCCUUCUCCACCUCGUCCGUCGCCGCCGAGUCGCGCAAGCGUCGCACGGCACGUCUGAAGCGCAAGAGCAACCUGGACCAGCGCAUCCUCAAGGUGCGCAUGCUCGACGCCUCCAAGCCCGACCCCGUGCUCGGUCACCAGCUCGGCCAGGAGGGCGAAAAGAUCUGGUCCGCCUCGGAGCUGGCGCGCAUCGUGCUCGACAAGAACGCCGUCUGGGGCGUCAAGGAGGAUCGUCGCGGUAACCUCGUCCCCCUCUCCGCAGCCGAACUCUCCACCACCAACCCGGUCGACGUUGCUGCUGCCAAGGAUGCCAAGGAGUACGGCGGGCCGGCGAGGCUCAACUUUGGACUCGACGCCAAGGAUCGUCAGCUGCUCUUUGACGAUUUGCCGCACGUCAUGGUCAAGGACCGCAUCUUGGAUUCGUGGAACCUGGGAACGCUCGUGCGCGGUACGGCCAAUGCGGCCGACGUGGCUGCGUUUGAUGCCGAGUACGAAAAGGUGCAGCAGGAGGAGCGCGCCAGCACGCAUACGCUGGCGCGCGUGCUCGACCUGCGCAACGCAAGCGGCAAGGGCAUCCAGGUGGAAAACAUCCGUCGCAUCAUCAACCACUUUGGCGGCCCCCAACAGGAUACCGGCUCGCCCGAGGUCCAGGCCGCCGUACUGACGUACCGCAUCAGGAACCUCUACCACCACCUCCAGACCAACCGCCACGACAACUCGAACCGAAGAUCCAUGACCAGCCUCACCCACAGCCGCGCAAAGAUCCUCAAGUACCUCAAGCGCAAAUCGCCCCAGCGAUACCACCAGAUCCUGCCGCGCAUCGGUGUGGAUGCUCGCGCCGUCGAGGGCGAAAUCGUCGUACCAGGCAAACCGAGGAUCGCGCGUUCCUAA